AAAAAACUUCAGAGAUUCAGAGGUCCACAGAUGUGGAAGAGAGCCUCUAUUUUGUCUCCUUUACCACCUCACCCCUCGGUUUGGAGUUGGAGAAACCGAGGCUUAGAGAGGUCAACGGGCUGGCCAAGCUCCCACAAUGAUAAAGCUAGGGCUAGGGCGACACCUGCCAGGCCCAAUGUGACAAGAUACAUCCUGGGUCCUGUGUGCCAAGCCUUGGCGGGGCAAAGUUGGGGCCCAGAGGACGGUAAGACACAGCAACUCCUAGUUCCCAGAGACAGAUCCGGGUUCCAGCCCCAGCUCACCAUGCACUGGGCAUGCCACCCAGGGAGUCAACCCCACUGCAGCCCCCGCCGCGGGGCGUCCAGGGAACCCACCAUCUGCGGCGUGAGUGGUCGCCUCUCACCACCAGGGAGCGCGCUCCGCCUGGGCCCAGAUUCCACCCCUUGACUGUCUCCCCCCAAAAUUUUCCUUUCACUUUCGGUCUCUGGCUGUCACCCGGCUUGGCCCCUCCACACCCAGCUGGGGCAAGCCUGACCCGGCCACAGGAGGCAUGAGGGGCCCCCGACCGAGAUGACAGUGCUGGCGCCAGCCUGGAGCCCAACAAGGCAGCGAGAAACGGGGAAAGACGAGCAGAGAUGGGGCCACAGCCCCAGAAAGUGUGGAAGAGGCGGAAGGACACCUGGGGAAGGAGGAGCGGGGAAGACAGAACAGUGCAGGUGGGAAGCCCGGAGGAGGGGGCUGUGUGUGGAACAGCGGAGGGCUCCCCUAGCGCCCCCUCCCCUGCAGACCUAUCUCCUCCUGCUGCUGCUGCUGAGUUUGGGACUCAGUGAGACCCAGGACUGCUCCUUCCAACACAGCCCCAUCUCCUCCGACUUCGCUGUCAAAAUCCGCGAGCUGUCUGACUACCUGCUUCAAGAUUACCCGGUCACCGUGCCCUCCAACCUGCAGGACGAGGAGCUCUGCGGGGCCCUCUGGCGGCUGGUCCUGGCACAGCGCUGGAUGGAGCGGCUCAAGACCGUGGCUGGGACCAAGAUGCAAGGCUUGCUGGAGCGCGUGAACACGGAGAUACACUUUGUCACCAAAUGUGCCUUUCAGCCCCCCCCCAGCUGUCUUCGCUUCGUCCAGACCAACAUCUCCCGCCUCCUGCAGGAGACCUCCGAGCAGCUGGUGGCUCUGAAGCCCUGGAUCACUCGCCAGAAUUUCUCCCGGUGCCUGGAGCUGCAGUGUCAGCCUGACUCCUCAACCCUGCCACCCCCACGGAGUCCUGGGGCCCUGGAGGCCACAGCCCUGACAGCCCCGCAGCGCCCUCUGCUCCUCCUCCUGCUGCUGCUGCCUGUGGGCCUCCUGCUGCUGGCCGCUGCCUGGUGCCUGCACUGGCAGAGGACGCGGCGGAGGACACCCCGCCCUAGGGAGCAGGGGAGGACACUGAGGCACACAGAGGGGAGUCACCAGCCAGAGGAUGCAUAGCCGGCACACAGAGGAAGUGGGCUAGAGGCCGGUCCCUUCCUUGGGCCCAAUACCCCUCUCAUUCCCUCCCUAGGAUGGAGGCAACGCCAGAACGCAGCACCGGCCCCACUUACCCAACUCUGUACAAAGCCCUUGUCCCCAUGAAAUUGUAUAUAAAUCAUCCUUUUCUACCA